CCAUAUUGGUUGACGUGUAUACGACAAAGUAUACAUUGUCAUCUAAUAGUUGCAUACUUUGUAUAACGAAACGUUGUUAUUCUUUUGUAUGAACACGCGCAAUUCGCGCACGUAUGGAGCUAAGAAAAUCAAUUUAUUUUAUUGUUCUAUUUAGUCGACAUGUUUAAAUGUAUAACUAUUCUUGCAGACGGCGAUUGUGUGCAUUUUGUUUUCAUUUUUCUUUUUUUAUGCAAAAUAUCCCACCAUAUGUUCGUCUUCUCUCUUGCUUCACCUGUUACUUAAAGUUCUACUGUUAAUUAAUGUUUGUGUGAAAAGAAAUCCAUUGUCAUUAUUACUUGGACUUUUACAUAUACAUAAAAUGCAUGUGUCAGAUUAUCCUUACGAAUAUGUAAGAUGCAUAGAUAUGGAACAGAUAAGAGAGUCGCCUGAAUCUCAAUCUCCAUCACUAGAAGGUUUUAUUCCCCUUCUGGGUAUAACUGAGGGAUGUGGUGCACUUCUUAUAAUUCUGAUGUUGGUGUGGACAAGUCACUAUAGAAAUGGUUUCUCAUGGAGAUCGAAUCCGCAGCUCGAGUUUAACUGGCAUCCUUUAUUAAUGACUAUAGGGCUUGUGUUCCUGUAUGCCAAUGCUAUGCUCAUUUAUAGGACACAAAGAAAUGUUCGUAAACGGCGACUAAAGUUGACUCAUGCAGGAAUGAUGUUAUUUAUUGUAUUGUUAAUGGUGAUAGCUCUAGUCGCUGUCUUUGAUAGCCAUAAUCUAGCCAAACAUCCUGUACCGAAUAUGUAUUCGCUACACAGCUGGGUUGGGUUAACUACCGUGAUACUAUUUUGCUGUCAGUGGGUCGUUGGAUGUGUUUCGUUUCUCUUCCCUGGAUUGCAGUCUCCAUUACGAGCUUCUUACAUGCCAGUACAUGUAUACUUUGGUAUUGCAGGCUUUCUAGGUGCAAUUGCCUCGUGCUUGUUGGGACUAAACGAAAAAGCAAUCUUCGCAGUAAAGGAUUACUCAGCCUUUGUUAGCGAGGGAAUCCUAAUAAACUUCAUGGGAUUGCUGUUCGUAGCAUUUGGAGCCUUGUCUGUAUACUUGGUGACGCAGGAACGUUACCGGCGUUUGCCAAGACCCGAGGAUGAAGUCCUAUUAGCUGGCUAGUGUAUGAAUUGUAACAUGUUACCUGACUCGUUCCUCUGUACUCGGGUGCUGUUCUAAAUUCAAUAAGUAUUUGCUUACUAUAAGUUUUUUUUUAUUAUAAGUCUUAGCAAAUUAUGACACAUUCUAAUUUAAUAUAAAUAAUACUUUUUAUAUAAAAUUAACUUUUAAUUUAAGUUAAUUUAAUCUUAAUACAACUUUUGACUGAAUUAAUUUUUUUAUUUAUGCAGGUUUAAAGUAACUAAAUUAAUUUUAUAUGCAUUAACUUAAUUUAAAAAUUUCUUACAGUAAAAAUUUUUUAUCAGUAAGACUGAUUCGAUCAAAUGAAGCACAAAUGUAAAAGAAA